AUGUAUCCGAUAAGUUCUAUAUUUACCACUAAACGUAAACAAGAGUCGAUAAAGUCGGACCUUUCGACGGUAAUCGCCCAAAUAGCGCCGAGUUUAAUUUCGGAAGGGACAACGAUUCCUUCGCCGCCACAUCCAGAGCCUGGACCCGUUCCGGGACCACCUCCCAUAUCGUCUUUUGCCUACUUGGGUCGACAUGACACGAAUAAAAUUGAACUGGGAGCAACCAACGUCACCAGACAUCACAGCACGUCGCAUAUAUACCGAAGCAAGCCGCAUUUUUACGUGUCGGGAGCCAGAGUGGAUGGACCCUUUUUCGAAGAAGCUGGAACGGAAGGAAAUAAUGUCACAGCCCAAGUUGGAUCCACCAUAAAUCUCGACUGUCGUAUUGGACUUCUCGGCGACAAAACGGUGACAUGGACACAAAAGCGUAAUCAGAUUAUAAACCUGCUGACUGUCGGACGAAAUACCCACAGCAAGGACGAGAGAAUCCACCUGGCAUUCAGAUAUCCGAACAACUUCAGAUUACAAAUUUCCUACGUUACAAAGAGGGAUGACGGCAUGUACGAGUGUCAAGUGGCCACUCAUCCUCCCAAAGUCAAAAGGAUUUAUCUCACUAUUACUUCGCCUGAGGUUAAAAUCGUAGACGAGUAUCUGAGGGAAGUUCACGAACGUUAUUACCGACGAGGCAGCUCUCUGGUUUUAACUUGUCUUGCUACGAAUAUCGGCACUUUCGAGAAGAACGGCACCGACAUCACCAAUAUGAUUUAUUGGGAACGCGAUAAUUUACUCAUCAAGAAUGGUAGCAAAUCGAACGUAACAAAAGAGACGAACUCGGCCAUCUCGACCCUGACCAUUGCCCCACUGGAACGGACCCAUUCAGGAAACUAUUCAUGCUCGUUCGGGAAUUAUGCGAAAACGUCCAUAACUGUCCACGUUUUAAACGGUGAGUUGCCGGCAGCAAUCCAGAGCGCAGGCGUCGCGUCUACGCCACCAGCAAUGGGCAUGAUCCUGGCAUUGUUCCUUCUAUGGUGUUUUUUCAUGUGCAUAAAGCGGAAGUUUUAAGUAGUGAGUGAGAGAGUGAAUUAACAAAGUCAAAGUCAAUGUGUUUAACAAAGCAAAAAAAGUGAUACCAUAUCAAAAGGUGAUGUGCAUGGACCAAUAGAUCCAAGACUGUCGUAGAAUACAUACAAACAAAAAAUAAUAAAAGAAUUAAAUUGAAUUAACAAAAAAAGUUAUAAUUAAUAUACAAUAUAUACGAUAUUAUAUUAUUGUAUUUUAAAGUUCUUAAAGCUUAGGGAUUCUGUCUAAAAAAAAAGCAGUAAAUUUAUUAAAUUAACAGCCUAACGCGAAUAUAACUAUACUAUACUCUGUACUUCUGUAACCUAUUUUCUACUUUAGAUGACUACUUUUAAGGGAAAUUAUUAAUAAUAUAUCCAAGUAUUAAAAUAACUGUAAUUAAUAAUAAGGAGGGUGGCCCAUUAACAGAUUUAGAGGACUUACGAGCAGCUGUACAAGUUUAGAGAAAUGCAAUAAAAUUAUUUAAUUAAAUGUAAAGUUAAUGUGUAAAUCUAAAUAAAUAUAUAUGAUGAUGUGACGUUAAAA